GGAUUUCGCUACCUCUGUGGAGUUGUGUAGAGGACUUUGUAGGAAGUUCACGGGAUUUAUAAUGAAUGUAGAGAAGAUGAAGAGGAGAAGAGGAGGAAAUGUGGAGUGAAGAGCAGGGAACUUUAAAGCUCAGCAAACUUCUUCUGCUUCUGCUUCUUCUUCUCUUCCUCUUCUCUUCACAUCUCAACAACAUCUUCCAACUACAACAUCUCGAUGUCCCUCACCAGAUCACUCGCGCGCUCACUGCGCUCGUCCUCGUCCGCCGCAUCACGGUCGACACUCGCUUUCUCCGCCUCGAGAUCGCUCGUCGGUCGCUCUUUUCCGCGAUCACUAGCGAUCACCAGACUCGGCUCGAGUCCAGCGGCCAAUUCUGGUGUUGCGGCAAGGGCUUACAGCAGUUCUGAGAGUCCCGAUAAGAAAAAGAAGGGUGAGAAGGAGACUAUGAAGUUCCCCCCAUUCCUCUUCACCCCCGAGCACGAAUGGGUCGCUCUCGAAGACGCGACGAUCUCGGUCAUCGGCAUCUCGAAGUACGCGGCGAUGGCGCUCGGCGACGUCGUCUACGUCGAGCUGCCUGCCGUCGGGGCCCAGGUCGUGGCGGGCGACGUCAUUGGCGCGGUCGAGUCCGUCAAGUCGGCGUCGGAUAUCUAUACGCCGGUGUCGGGCGUCGUGCUUGAGGUUAACGAGGCGUUGGAGAAGAAUCCGGGGUUGGUUAAUAAGGAUUGUUAUGGAGAGGGAUGGAUCUGCAGGAUCGGGUUCAAAGAUCCGACUGAAUUGGAGGAGUUGAUGAACCAUGAGAGAUACCGGAGCUACAUAGCCACCGGCGAAUAAGUAAUCAUAAGAUAGAAAUACAAUACUACAUAUCCAGACAAAUCAAUGCAUAACACCAACCCAAUGACCACAAUAUAUACACCAAAACAAAUGAUCUAACCCCGGGGGCUAAUCUCUGAACCCCCGAAGUCGUUGUCAUCCGUUUGCUUCCAUCGAGAGCAGCAGGCACUUUAGAUUCGGCAGGGUAUGUCUGAGAUCGAUGACGAGCAACGAGAGCGAGUUCAUGAGCU